AUGGCAUCAUCAAAUGAGGACUUCACACUGGGAAGUGGCUUUUCUCCAAAGCCUGGCACAAGUAAAUUGCAAGGCCACGGAGCAGCAGCUGAUGCCUCUCCAGACUCCAAGUGUCCCAUAUGUCUGGACAGAUUUGAUAAUGUAUCUCACCUAGACCAAUGUUUGCAUCGAUUCUGUUUUCGCUGCAUCCAGGAAUGGGCAAAAAACAAAGCAGAAUGUCCUUUGUGCAAGCAACCCUUCCACUCUAUUUUUCAUAGCGUUCGAGCUGAGGAUGACUUUAAGGAGUAUGUUUUGAGGCCUACCAUGAAUGGCUCUUUUGCUAGUCCAGAAGGACACAGGUUUCGUUACCGUACAACGCUUACCAGGGAUUAUGCACCCAGGCGAACACUGAGAUCUUCAUCUGCACGAAGGACGUUUUCUCCUCCUGACAAUGGUAUUCUGUUUGAGGGAAUUACAAACACAACCUCUCAGCAAAGGGGAAGUGAGAUUCAUCAGAUGUUACGAAGGCUGGCAUCCAGACGACAGGCUAGUGCAGAGGGCCGAUCCAUGAGGCAGAUUCAAGAGCAGGAGCUGAUCAAUUUUAGAAGGGCGCUCUACCGGUCUGGGGUACGUGUUAGGAAUAUACAGGAUGGAGGUCGCUAUCGUGAUAUUUCUGCAGAGUUCUUCCGCCGAAAUCCUGCUUGCCUCCAUCGACUUGUUCCUUGGCUGAAGAGAGAAUUAACAGUUCUAUUUGGCAGUCAUGGAUCUCUUGUAAACAUUGUGCAGCACAUAAUCAUGAGCAAUGUAACGCGAUAUGACCUUGAAAGUCAAGCCUUCAUUGAGGAUCUGCGUCCCUUCCUCCUACAUCGCACAGACCACUUUCUGCAUGAAUUCAUAAACUUUGCUAGAUGCCCUUAUAAUAUUGAGGCAUAUGACCAGCAUGCCAAUUAUGAUUGCCCUGCACCAUCAUAUGAGGAAGGAAGUCAUUCUGAAUCAUCUAUUAUCACAAUUUCACCAGAUGAUGUGGAUAAUAGGAGCCAAGAUAUUCCUGAGUCUUCCGUUUCUGUGGGCCAAGCCCCAUGGGAUGAUGAAACUCCUGGACCUUCAUAUUCUAUAAUAGAACAACCUGCAACAGCUGUGUCAACUACGGUGGAUCUCUCUGAAAGUUCAGAUGAUGAUCCCUCAAGUAGCAGGGUGGUUGUCGAGACUUCUAAUGAUGGUACUACUGAAAAUAAGCAAGAUGUAUCAAUUACACCUGAUGACUGUGUCAUUGUAGGGUAUGUUAAACCACUGGCAGAAAGAACCCCAGAAUUAGUGGAGCUAUCUUCUGACUCAGAAAGCUCCCUAUGCGAAGUGAAAUGUGUAAAAUCUAAAAAACCUCAGUUGAGACAGUUCAUUUCAAGUGACAGUAAUGUGUCCAGCAGAUCCUCAUCUCCUUCAUCUUCUCUUUUAAAUGAAAAAAUGACUAGGAAAGCUAACCUUAAGGAGAACUCUUCGUCUGUAAAACAUUCUUAUGCCAAAAAGAAAGAAAGGAAAAAGCCACUCCAUGGGUCUACUAAGAAUGUACGAGAAUCAAGCAAGGAUAAAGGAGAUUCAUAUAGUACCUACUUGUCGAGAAGAAGGGCAAGGUCAAGGAGCUCAGAUUGUUAUUCUCGUUCAUCACGUAAUAAAGGUCAUGACAGUCGAAGGAGGCACCACAGCAAAACCCAUUUAAAAAGCAGACACAAGAGCUGGCGGGGAAGGAGACGAUCAAGGAGCAGAGACAGGAGUUUGUCAUGGAGAAGCAGGACUGUGUCACUGACUAGUGAAAGUUCUAGAGAAAGGGGAAGGUCUAGUUCAAGAAGCAGAAACCACAGCAGAGGCCGAUCAAGAAGUCGUGACAACAAAGACUUUACUGCAGACAACUACCGCAGUACAUAUCAAUGGGAGUACACUUAUUACAGCAGAAAUCGGGGAAGAGAUGGUAAUGAGCAAUCCUACAAGAGAAGAGCUUGUGGUCUAGGUCGUUAUUCUAGACCAUCUGAUAGUACAGAAUACUAUAUGCAGUCUUAUUCUGAAAGAAAGGGAACAAGACGUGAUCGGGAACAUGUUACUGGCAGGCAGCAUCAUCGUGAAAGACGCAGAUCAAGAAGUCAUUCUGGCAGUCAGAGAACUACAUCAGGCACUGAUCACACUCGAUCUGACAAGCCUAGUGGUAAAAGAAAAUACAAAACACGACAUCUUGAGAACCAGGAAAAAGAUGGCAAUAUUGAAAUUCUAAAUAGCAAGACAACAGAUGAAAUUAAGCAGUCAGUUACAACCACCUCAUCCAAGAGUCAUGGGGCAUUAAAGAAUGAUUUCACAGAGUCAUCAUCUCAAGAGCCAAAACCAAAGCUGAAGAAGAAGACAAGGAGUCCGAGUGUAGAAAUCGUGUAUGAGGGCAAAGCAAUGGAAAGCUCAAGGCAUCACAAAAAAAAGAAAAAGAAGAAACACAAGAAGAAACGCCAUAGAGAACAGACACCCCGUUCUCCUGCUGCUUCUCCCAUUAUCAUUACCAUUGAUAGUGACAGUGAAACUCCACUGUUGGAGGAUCCACCUCGCAGUAAUAUUCGUACUUUAAUGCCAGUUGAAAACAGUGUUGACUCUACUAUUCUGUACAGCCAGUCCCCAUCUACCUCUGCCACUGUCAGCACAACAGACUUAAUGAGUGUAGAUAGGGCAGAGCCACCUUCUACAAAUUAUGGAUUAUGUUCAAACAGUGAACAUAUUGAUGACACCACAGGCAUACUGGAUGGUUUACACUUUGAUAGCUCUGAUGAGCAGACCCUAGCUGCAGACCAAACUUUCCCCCUUAACCCAACUCGCCAAGAUGAUUCAUCAACGGAGUUGGAUUUACUGACUGUGGAGGCUGCACAGGGUUUUACCACACCAUCAACACCUUCAGGAACACCUGAACUACAAGAACUUCUUGCUGAGAAUGGCCAUGAAAUUGAACACUUGGAAAAUAUUACAUAGUGUCUUAUGCUGCAUUUAUAAGAAAUAUUUGUGGUGUAAUCUGUUAUAUAGACGCUUAAUGCAGACCUUCUUUGCCAGUCUCAUUUGUGUUCUUUAGAUAUGCUAUUUUCUAUUCAAUCAAUAUCUUCAACAACAAACAUGGGUUAAUUGCUUUGUCUGUUUCCAUUUUUUUUUUUUCUUCAGGUGGUAAGUGCUUGCAAAACUCAGUCUUUAAGUGUAUAUUGAGCCUUUGAGGAUGCCUGUUCACACCCACUCUUCUCCUUUUUAUAACUUAUUGGCAUUGCAGGACCGUAAGGUUAUAAAAUUACAUUAGACAUUGUAGUGCAUCAAUACAAUGCACUGUUGGAUUCUUGAUUUCUUAGUUAUUCUAUUUAAAAAAACAAAACAGCUGCUCAAAAACAUACUAACCUCAACCUUCUGAAUCCAGGCUUAACGCACUAAAAUACAAUCCGUUUUAUAUACAAGAGAAAAAAAAACAGGAGAAAGCAAAGUGUGAUUUAUUGUGGAAAUCCUUUAUUAAAACUUAGUUCCCUCCUAAGUAAACAUUGGCACACUCAUAACCUUGCCCAGCUGGGUCCCAAAUGCUUACAAGAUUAAGCCUUUUAGUGUACAUUCAACCUUUUUGAUUUCCCCCUUUCACAGUAACACUUCCUCUUUUUAUGUUUUAUUUGUUUUGCGAAAACCUAAGGUUUUAUCCAAACUGUACAGAACAAACCACUGGUUGCCUUCCAGUAGUAAGCAUUGUUAAAGCCCAUGCUUGAUCUACUUAGUAAACCAUAGGCUUCUGUAAUUUCAGAAGUACUUGUAUACCAGCUCUUGAGUUUACUUGUAGUUUAUCAGUGUAAGAUUGUUUUCAAACAACCAGAAUGAAUGCUAAUUGGAAAUUGAGAUUUAUUAAAUGUUUGAAUUGGGAUAAAGUAUCUUUCUGAAAUGCCAAGAUAAUGAAAAAAAUAUGGAUAAGUGUUGGAAGAGAGAUGGAUCGUAUUGUUUGGUAAAAUUGCAUUUGACUUUGUAGAGCAUACAAAUUGCACUGAUUUCAUGAAGUAUAACAUUGCGAGUCUUUUUAAAGGAACACUAUAGCGGUAGAAAUACACACUUGUAUUCCUAAUGCUAUAAAACCCUAGUCCUACAUUAGAUUUAGUCCCCCACCAUUUUCCUUUUUUUUUGUUCCAUGCAAGGAGUCUCUCUUGGUACUGCUUCUCUCAUUGUCUACAGCAAUGUCUUCGUAGACGAUCAGCUUGGUGGCUUGUCAUCCAAUUCAGUGCUUUUCAUAGAGGAGCAUUGAGGAUGUGAUGCACAUGUGUGGCAAUAGCUGCACUCGCAUCCAAUCAAAUGCUUCUAAUAGGAGAGUAUUAAAUUCAAUACUUUCCUAUAAGCAGUGUUUGAUUUCAACAUUCUCAUGGAUGUCAACAGUCCCCUGCAGGGUUAUUCACUACAGUAAAUUUCAAAUUUAAGGCCGAAGUAGCUAAACUGGAAGCAUAUUUAAUUUUUUUUUCGUUUUGGUUAUCUUUACCUUGUAUUUGGAAUUCACUUUGCAUUCUCAUUUUAGUGAAUAUCCCUGCUAGAGGGGUGUUUUAAACCUUCAAGAUAAACAUUGCCCUUUCUAACAAAAACCAAUGUUUGACGUUUUAAAUAGUUUAAAACUGCACCCAGACCAGCUGAUUGAAAUGAGAUGGACUGGGUGCAUUAAGUGGUGCUUUAUUGGUAUUCAUUUUGGGGUAGUAUAAAUGUUAAAAUUUUCUUUUAAAUACAAUUCUCAUUUUAAUGACUUGCUGCUAAAGGUGCAUUCACACUUUCUAUAUAUCGAUUUUCUAUAUAGCUGUACUGACUAUCCUUUUUGUCCCAAACAUAGGACUUUUUGAGUACAUGAUCUCCAUCAAACUGAAUAUUUUAUCCCAUUUUACAGCACUACGGAAUUUUCUGCCACUAUAUAUAAAUAAUAAAAUAGUGAAUUUGUCAUGGUAGUUUUGCAGGUUUAUACAGGAUCAUGGUUGUUACGAUAAUUUCAUAUAUUCUUAUUACAUUCUUAUAACUUAUUCUUAUGUUCCCUUUUAAAGCAAAAUAUCAUAACAAUUUGGAUACAAUCCAGUAUGUGGGUUCAUUUUAUUGUCACAUUGUUGUGUCACAAAGAUAAUUGCAAAAUUAUAUUUGCAUUAUAUUUUUGAAAAUAUCUUCCCUAUUUUGAAAUCGUAUUGUUUAUAGCUCAAACAGACUGUGCCAACUUAAUUUACAAUUUACCUUUGACUCUUGGCACUCAGUUUGAAACUUUGAGUUCAUAAUUGCAGCAAUGUCAGCAUUUGAAAAUGGGGGGGAAAUGUCCAUGUGUAUAAAAGUAUUGUAACACCUGCCUCUACAUAAAACUCAACCCAUUUGAAUAGAAAUUAAACAUAUAACACUAAUAGAAAACCUAUUAAGUUAUUUUAUUGAACUAAAGCUGGACUCUGCAAAUCCCAGGCGCCAGGUUGCACUGAUGAUUAGGACAUUUCUUCUUUCACCUGGCAUUUGUGGGCCUGUUUAGCAACCGAGGUGACCCACUACCUGAGACGAAAGGCAGGCAGCUCAUGGAGCGUGAAGAGCUGAGGGAGGCAAGCGGGUGACUGAGUGCAGAAGUGACGAGGGAGCUUUUUUCUUCCUACUCUGCUCCCUUGCGUGUCUUGCGGUGAUGCCAGGAGCCGGAAUAUGACAUAAUCCUGGCUUACUAAACAGUGCGUGAGCGCUGAGCAGGGAGAUGAUCAAUGCCACUCCACUGGGACAGUAUCCACUCGAGCUCUCCCAAAAGGUAGGGAGGCUUGGUGGGCAAAUUUAAAUUAAACUAUAACUUGUGAGUGUAUGUGAAAGUGUGUUGCAGUAUCAGUGAGUGUGUGCACCCCCCUCCCACCUUUUACUUGGGGUACCCUAAUUGACAUGUACUUUGUAAUAAUGCAAAGUUUGUAUUGUUCUUAUACUGACUCUUUAAUAACUGAAAUGUAAUUUCUCCUUAUAACUAUAUACAUCCAUUAUAUAAUAGAGCAUAUAUAUUAUCAUAUAAAUAUGAUAAGCUGUAGAACUGUUUCAGCUACCAUUCUAGAGCUCAUAAUGUUCAUUUUUUGUUUAUUGUUAAUACUGCAAAAUGAAUUAUAUUUUAAAGACCAAAGUAAUUGGGAAUGCACCUUUAGAUGCUUGUACUAUAACAAACCUUAUGAUUUGCAUAUUACUUAAUAUUUUAUAAAUUUAUUUCUGAAAAUAUGUAUAUACAAUCCAUUUUGUAUAUUUCUGCUUUGUAAUAUAUGCUGAUUUGUUUUGAAUGUUCAGUUAAUAUGCUCAGGGCGCACAAAUCAAGAAAUACCUGCUUUUGUGAUUAAAUGUUGCAAUGUCAUACCACCAUCAGAAUGUUUAAAAAAAAUAAAAUUUGGAUGAAUAAAUGCUAAAAAAAAAUUAAAAUAAAGUUCCUCUUGUUUAUAAAAGGAAGUUAUUUACACUUCAGACAGCUAAAAGGGUUGCGCCAACUAAAUAUAAUGUAGUGCAUUAAUCAUAUCAUUAGGUGUCAGUCUCCCCCUGCCCCUCCCUUUAUAAAUUAAAAAAUACUUAUUAAAGGGACAUUAUAGUCACCCAGACCAUUUCAUCUCACUGAAGUGGUCUGGGUGCAGUGCCCCAGUCCCACUUAGUCCUGCAAUGUAAAUCAUUGCAGCUUUUGAGAAACAAUAAUAAUUAGUAAUUACAUUGCAGGACAAAGACUGCCUCUAGUGGUUGUCAGACAGCCAUUAGAGGCACUUCCUGGUGGCUAACCAACUUUUGAUCGCCUGACACUGACAUCCAGCGUUCCUAAAAUCCCCAUAGGAAAGCAUUGAAGCAACGGUUUCCUAUGGGGUGGGUCUAACGCGCUUGUGGCACUUGCCACGCAUGUGCAUUAUUACCUCAGUCAAUUGAGGUGGAGCAGCGACUCAACGCCAAGAGACAUCGGCACUGGAAUCUGGUAAAUGACUAAAAUGGUUUUUUAACUCUGUAUGAGCAGGGGGGACCAGAGGGCUCUCUAGUGUAAGGAAUACAAGUUUGUAUUACUUACAUUAUAGAAUCACUUAAAGCUUACCUGGAAUCCAGCACCAAGAAAGGUCCCCUUACAUUUCAUGCCCAGUCUGAACCUUCCCUUCCUGGGGUCCCAUAAAAUGCUAUAUGGGGCUGCAACUAACUUUCAUUCAGACCUACUUUCACAAGCAGCCCACAUUCAUAAGUAUACACAAUACCACAAACUUCUCAUGAACAUAUACAAUAUAAAAGCCCACAUAUAAACACAUUACAAAGCAACAGCACCACCCAUAAAGAACACAAGCACAAUAAGGCAACAUACACACCUCAAAAAAUAGGACUGACACCAAGGGACUUCAAGAUCGUGUUUUAACAGAGUAUUAACAAAAGAUUGUCUAACACUGGUCUACAUUAAUACUCUGCACAUAAAACAUGAUAUUUGAGCGUGCCAUGAUUCUUCCCACUCUUCCAACUGGAAAAUAACCUUUUGGUAUUCUGCAUCUCAGUACUUUUUCACCUUAUUUUGCUGAAGGAAAUGUGUUCAUUUCAGCUCUAUAUUCAUAUAUGUAUAUUAAAAGUGAUAGAGAGUUGGGGCAGAACUAGAAUUGGACUCAACUUUAAAACCAUGUUUACUACUCAAUGAAAGCUAGAAUAGUGUUUCUUACAGCAGUCUUUUAGGAACUAUGUUUAACCAAUAUCACAUUUGAACACUGUUUAAGUAUAUUUAAGUUUUGUGUUGCCUUUGGAUCUUGAGGAUUGGUUUUAUGUGAAUGCUUCCUCAGGGUCAUCUUGUGUUUUGAAUGACUAAAUACGUAAGAUCAUGUAUUACACCUUUGCUAUUGCUCUGGCCCAUGUACCAAGACAAACAGUGUGGAUCGCCAGAGUUGUCAUUCAUAUCUGGGUAUGCAAACUUUGUCACUUCAGAUUUUCUGGACUACAUCUCCCCAAAUGCUCUGCCUUUAUUUUUGUUAUAAGAGCAUUAUGGGACAUGUAGUCUAAAACAUCUGGAGUGCCAACGGUUUCUUUCCUCCUGCCCUAUUUGCUCCUAUAUUGAUAAAUUGAACCUUUUUAUUUUCAAUACAUGAUUCCCCCUCCAAUUUGCACACUUACUAUCAUCCUUCCUGUGUAUCCAUACCCAAACUAUUCAGAUGAAGUCGCUGGUGCUAAUUUUUCUGCAUGUGUUUUUAAAAAAAAAAAAUGUGCCUCAUAUAAUUUUGAAAUCUUUUUUUUCCCCCCCACAUAUUUGUCAUGUUGGUCUUUUUUUCAAUAAAGGUUUUCUUCCAUGUUUCUUUGUAAAACAUGCACAGAUGUGUGACCAUAGACUCUUCCUAUCUACAUAUAAUGUGAAAUAUGUUUUGCUGUAGAAACCUUCUUCCAUUCGACAUUGGAAAUUAAUCUGUUCAACAAUAUUUGGACAAGUGGGUGAAGAAGGGAUUUUCCAAUUCCUAGCCAUGACUAGUUUAGUGGCCAUGAAAAUUAUUUUAAAUUCCUGUUUACAAUUUGAAAAAUCAUUAUGAAAUAAAAAUGUUUGGGGAGAUCGUAUUAUUCUUUGAUUGCAUAUUGUUGAGACAAUAUCCAAGAGCGUUCUUUUAAUUUCUGUUAAUAUUUCUUUCCCAUUUUAUUAUUGAUUGGGGUUUUUCUGUCAUAUGGUUCCUUAAACCCUUAAGGACUGAGCCAAAUGUACACGUUUUGAUCAAAAUAAAAUGUUAAACAAAACUUGGAAUUUUACUAUUUGCCUGUUCAACCGUAAUUCACUGCUUUCAUAUUAUGUUCACCCACACUUAUAUAUAAUAUUUUCAGGAGAAAAAGGGCUUUCAUUUAACAUCAAAUAUUUAGCUAUGAG